UGCGCGGGGACGCGGCUGGGAGCGCAGCGCGGACGCGGCAGGGGCGGGCUGACAGAACCGCGGCCCCGUCCCCAGGCGCGAUGCUGAUGGCCGUGAGGCUGCGGGGCAUGGACGCAGAGGAGACGCUGGCGCUGACACGAGCCAUGGCGGCCUCGGGGCGGGCGCUGGAGUGGCCCGUGGGGUGGCACGGGGUCCUGGUGGACAAACACUCCACCGGCGGCGUGGGUGACAAGGUCAGCCUGGCGCUGGCCCCCGCGCUGGCCGCCUGCGGCUGCAAGGUGCCCAUGAUCAGCGGGCGUGGGCUGGGGCACACUGGAGGCACGCUGGACAAGCUGGAGGCCAUCCCCGGCUUCUGCGUCACCCAGAGCCCUGAGCAGAUGCGGAGCAUCCUGGAGCGGGUAGGCUGCUGCAUCGUGGGGCAGAGCGAGGAGCUGGUGCCGGCCGACCGCGUGCUGUACAGCCUGCGUGACGUCACCGCCACCGUCGACAGCGUCCCACUCAUCACCGCCUCCAUCCUCAGCAAGAAGGCGGCGGAGCAGAUCUCAGCGCUGGUGCUGGACGUCAAGUUCGGGAGCGCAGCCCUGUGCCCAACGUUGGAGAGCGCACAGGAGCUGGCACGCAGCCUGGUGGCGGUGGGCGAGGAGCUGGGCAUCCACACGGCUGCGGUGCUGAGCCGCAUGGAUGAGCCCCUGGGGCGCUGCGUGGGCGCUGCGCUGGAGGUGCUGGAGGCACUGGAGUGCAUGGAGGGACGUGGCCCCGCAGACCUGCGGGAGCUGGUGACAACGCUGGGGGGGCUGCUGCUGUGGCAGUGCGGGCUGGCAGAGACCGUGGAGCAGGGUGGGCAGCGGCUGGCACGGGCACUGGACGACGGGACGGCGCUGGGGACCUUCCAGGCCAUGCUGGAGGCGCAGGGGGUGUCCCCGGACAGCGCCCGUGUGCUGUGCACCGGGACCCCCCUGCAGCGCCACCAGGUCCUGGGGCGGGCACGCAUCUGCGAGGAGCUGCGGGCGCCCCAUGGAGGCACGGUGCGCGGGGUGGACGCGCUGCCGCUGGCACGGACGCUGCACGCGAUGGGCGCCGGACGGACGCGCGCCGGGGACCCCAUCGACCCCCUCGUGGGCGCCGAGGUGCUGGUGGCGGUGGGGCAGCGCCUGCAGGAAGGGGACCCCUGGCUGCGGCUGCAUCACGACGGGCGCGUGGGGACCGCGCAGCGCCGGGCGCUGCAGAGCGCGCUGCUGCUGGCACCGGGCCCGGCCACCGGCACCGACACCGACACCGGCACCGGCACCGCCUCCGCGCCGUCCCGCAUCGCCGGCACCGUCCUGCCCCGCACUGAGCCGCACGGCUCGGCGCAGUAACGGCGGCGCGGAGCCUCCGCGAGGUGGGGGGAACUCGGUCAGCGGAGCAACGGGAGGAGCCGGCGGCGGCGGCGGGGCGGAGCGGAGCGGAGAUGCGGGUGCCCCAUUGCUCCGAGGAUGGAGCCCCGGGCAGCCCGAGCUGGGGGGCACGCAGCCCACGGCGGGGAUCCCUUCAACCCCAGCGCUUCCGUCACCGGCUCCCCCCGCACGGCCCCGACCGACGAGCGGCUCCGGCGGUGCUCCGUGAGCCGGGGCUGCUGGGGAUCCCCUCCCCGGUGCCGCUCCGCUCUGCACGCAGGCGCCGUCCGGGCCGCUCUCUCUGGGUCGGUUCCGCGGCGCGUUCCCCCCUUUCUGCCCGCCCCGGAGCGCUGCACCGAUGCGAUGCAACGCAGAAAAGAGCAGCGCGGCGUGCGAGCGGCGCGGUUGGUUCCGGUUGUGCCUUUUUCUCCUGGUUUCCAUCUCUGAGGUCCCACUCGGGUCACUUUGCUGCACUAAAUCCCGUCACCCUCUCUCGCCCUCAGCA